AGAAGCUACGUGUUUUAUCAUCCUCCACAAUCUACACAACUGUCUUUUUCCUAAACUGAACAAUUUUGGAGAAAUCAAAGCCACAAACCAAAAUUUGGCUAAACCUCCAAAAUAACUCCAACCAAUCAUAAUUCAGAUAACACCAUCCCAAUUUAAUAAAUUAAAUACAUUUUUCUAUUCCAAAAAAAGGAAAAAAGAAAAAAUUAAAAACCAUCACUAAUUCUUCCCUCCAAAAUCAAUUCUUCUGCAGCUCUGCUUCAAUGGGGUGCGCUUCUUCCAAGAGAAUCGAGGACGCCAUCGUCGUCUACCGCCCGCCGCCGUCCAGCUUCGCCGUUUUCGACGUUAACUCCAUCGAGGAGCCGUGGCUGAAGGGCGGCGGCGCAGCCGAAUCAGAUUCAGAGGAGGAGGAGGAGGAGAAGCACUCGCACGUGCCAGCACCUAUUCUGGAGAAGCUCAACGCCAUUGAAGGCGCCCCUCGCUCGUGGGACGAAGUCAGCAAGGCACUGGAGGACUUCAAAGCCGCGCCGCCGCCCCCCACCGCACCUGUUUCCAGCCCUAAAAAAUCUCCGGCGGCGGCGCCGGCGAACGAUAGCCCCGCCGCAGCCAGGCGGAAGCUGUCGCGGAAGAGCUUCUCCUUCCACACGCUCGAAGAGCUGGAAGCUAAACCCACCACUACCACUACCAAAACAACCGAGUCGAAGCGAGUCGACUCGCCGUGGAAUCACGAGUUGAAGAGAUUCAACUCGGCCCGGACCGAGUCGGCGAAGAGCGGUGAAGUUGUGGUUCCGAAAUCACUGAGGGAGAACAUCUUCAUCCUGAAGGACAAAAUGGAGAGGGAGAAGGGCGGGAAGGCGGGCGGGUUCGUGAGGCCCGACCCGCUGGCGGACUUCGAGGAGAACUGCCCGCCCGGCGGCGGCGACGCGGUGGUGGUGUACACGACGUCGCUGCGGGGGGUGCGGCGGACGCACGAGGACUGCCAGCGGGUGAGGCAGCUGAUGGAGACGCACCAGGUGGUGUUCGACGAGCGUGACGUGGCGAUGGACGGAGGGUUCCUGACCGAGCUGAGGGAGCUGCUGGGUGAAGGUGCGGCGGCGGCGGUGCCGAGGGUGUUCGUGAAGGGGAGGUACGUGGGUGGGGUGGAGGAAGUGGUGGGUCUGAACGAAACGGGUCGGCUGAGUCGGAUCCUGAACUGGGCGAAAGUGGAGAGGGGGGCGGGUCGGGUCGGGUGCGCGGGUUGUGGGGGCGCGAGAUUUGUGCCGUGUUUGGAAUGUGGCGGGAGUUGUAAAGUUGUGGUUGAGGGCAAGAAAGAGAGAGAGAGGUGUGGUGUGUGUAAUGAGAAUGGUUUGGUUCAUUGCCCUAUUUGCAUUUGAUUUUUUUUUUUUUUUUUAAUUUAAUUAAUUGUGGAGGUAAUUGUUGUGUUUGUAAAGGAAUUUAUGUGAUGAAAAGAGUAUAUAUACUUUCAAUUGGUUUUUGUUGUUA